AUGCCCCUGGCCCGGCGCGGUCCCAAGUCCAAGAAGAGGCCCGAGUCGUCGUCAUCCAUCCCGGCGCUUGGCGGCAUCGCAACCUUUUUGCCGCCUCAUCACCCCGCGCCGCCCCCGCCCGUCUCACUUACUGCCGGCGGACCGACCAACACGGCUGCCGUGCCUGGCCCUGCAUUCACCAGCCCGUCCAGCUCCUCUACUGGACCGUGGGAACCCGUGGGAACCCUCGGGACCCGCAGCCAUGUGCUCUCUCCGUCGGCAGUCCGCGACUUUCCACCCCCAACCCCUGGCGGGACGCACACAGUUGGGGCUGUGAGCCGGUGGCAUAGCCUGUCUCGAGCGUUGGCGCUCAGGAACACGACCAUUGAGCGGACCGUGAACCGGUGUCUGGACCUCUUCUUCGAAUACCUCUACCCACUUACACCUCUGGUCGACGAGCCUAGCCUCCGCGAUGGCCUGACGUUCUUCCUGAACCAGCCCACGGCACCGAGCGCUCAGUCACAGUCAGAUCUGGAAGCCACCCGGUCAAAUAUCGCCAACGUCGGAGAAUCAUGGCCGGCGUUUCCCCGCGAUGCGCGCGCCGGCGUAACAGGGGAGCACCUCAAAACAUGGCCAGACGCGACCUUUACCUUCAUUACGGCUGUGUGCGCGGAGGCGGCGUUUCUCCUGCCCAAGGAGCUUUUCCCCGAAGGCGAGAGUGUCGCCGACCUCUUCCUCCAAGCCUCGCGGGACUGCCUCAACCACUACCUCGAGGCGGACCUCGAGAGCCCCAGCGCCAACUCCAUCACGAUCCGCUACUUUCACUCCAACUGCAUCCACGCCGCGGGGAAACCCAAGUACUCGUGGCACAUCUUUGGCGAGGCGACGAGGCUGGCUCAGGUGAUGCGACUGCAUGACGAGUCUUCCUUUGAGGGUCUAUAUCCGAUCGAGACGGAGCUUCGCCGGCGGGCGUUCUGGAUCGUCUACAUGGGCGACAAGUCAGCUGCCAUCCUGAACAAUCGGCCCAUAACCAUCCACAAAUACUCGUUCGAGUCGGGCAUCACCGCGAGAUAUCCUACAGGCCUUGAAGGCCGAGCGUCGAUCGGGUCUGGCGAUGUGUCCACCGGCACGCAGGACACAGUCCGACAGAGCCUGAUUCAUGGCUUCAACGCAAACCUGCGCCUCUGGCAAGCGGCUUCGGACUUGCUCCUAGAGGUGCGCCUAUUGCAAGACCAGCGUUCGGCACGCCAUGCCGCCUCCGACACGACCGAUGCCACCGGCAUGACAGAGUCUAUUCUCACAGAGGAUGAGAGGCAGCGGUUGGAUAGGCUAUACGUGAGCUUCAUCACCUGUCUUGAUGACCUGCCGCCGUAUCUCCAGUCAUACACGUUUGCGUCCAUCGCAGCCGGAGGCGGCAGCAGCGGUGGAGCGCAGUCGACACAUGCGAGCCAGUUCGUCAUCCAAUGCGCAAACCUGCAGGUCUCGUUCCACUGUCUGCGGAUGGUCAUUACGCAAAAGUUUGAGGACAUAUCGUACUUCCCUCCGGGCGCGGAGCAGGCCGACCUGCGCAAGACGGAGAUUGUGCGGGACAUGCUGCGCGUGAUGCACGAGGCGCCGUUUUGGUCGCUCCAAGUCAACGGCGAGCCAUAUGUGGAAAAGAUACGGCUCAUUGGAGCGAGCCUGCUGGCCAUCAUUCACCGGAACCAGACCUCGCCGCUGGGCGCCAGGGCGCGAAGCGACUUUUCUGUGCUGCUGGAUAUCCUGACGCGACUGGACUCCAAAGCCUCGGAUGCGCUACGGAGUGAUUCCACCUUUGCGUUGUAA